GCUAUAAUAGAGAAGACAGAGUCAUUUAGGCGCGCGAGGAAUUUCAAACGUCCGGGAAGGGGGAAGAAGCGAGACUUAUAAAGGGGGAGGGGGGAAAGGAAUAAUGAGGAUGAAUCGUCCGUUAGUGGCGGUGCCUGGCGCGGCUGGUCCCUGGAGUUUAGUGCUUGCCGCCGGCCUCGCGAGCUGGAGUCUGUCCGUGUGAGCGUUAUAUGUGAAAAAAGAAAAGUGCGACGUAGACCCCGCCUGUAAUGGAAAAUCUAAACAUUGACCUUAGCUGAGUUUCUAAGAAGUUCUUUCCGCGCUGAAUGGGCUGCUGCUAUUGGAGUAGAUUGACCACGCCCCUUUCCUGAAAGACGAGGGGCAUGUGCAUUACUGCACUGGAUACCAGUAGUUCUUCAUCCUUGGGUCCCUAGUUGUCGUUGCAACUACAACUCUCAUCAUAGCAGACCUUUAUCUCUCAUUGGGCAGAGGCAGUAUGCCAGCAGCCUCCAUGGCUCAGGAUCCAGUGAAGCUUCAAGCAGAGGUGGAGCGGCUGGUGGCUGAGCUGCAGGAGGCAACCCAAGAGAAGGUCCAGGCAGCGCAAUAUGGACUGGCUGUACUGGAGGAGAAUGGUGAGCUCAAGCAACGCUGUGGUGAGCUGGAAGGCCAGUUAGAGGUGCUACGCAUGGAGCUGGUCCACAUGAAAGAAGCUUUGGCAGAGUCUCACAGCAGCCACAAACGGGCAGCAGCUGAUGGGGAGAGCCGAGAAGAGUGUCUCCUCAGAGAAACGGCUUCUAAAGAGGCCCUCCUGACUCAGACCGUUGAGGAGCUCCAGGGUGACGUAAAGCAUCUGAGAUCCCAGCUUGGCAAUACUGGGGUGGAAAAUGACCGUCUUGGUGUGGCUCUGCGGGAUUUGAAGAAGGAAUGUCAGACCCUGGAAUCUGAGAAGGCUCAGCUGCGUGAGGAGGUGAAACAGGCCAAGGCGCGAGAGCUGCGUCAGUUGCAGGACUGUGCUGAACUUGAGGAGGAGAACAUCUCCCUGCAGAAGCAGGUCUCCGUGCUCAGGGGCAGUCAGGUGGAGUUUGAGAGUGUCAAACGUGCCCUGAGCUGCCGUGAGGAAGAGCUGGUGCUGGCUGGGACUCAACUGCUGGAACUAGGUCGUCUCCGGGACUUGACAGAACAUCAGCUUCAGGAGGCACUAGAGGCUCUGCAGGCAGAGCGUGAGCAAAAGCAGGAACUGCGUCGGGAGCUGGCCAUCUGCUCAGGAGGACGCCAUGACUCACUAAGCAGCUUGCAGGCCAACCUGGAGGAGCUCACCCACAGCCAUGCACAGGAGCAAGACAGUGGUUUUGCCAAUGGCAGCAAUGAUGGGGGCGUGGCUUCCACCCACCACAGCGUCCGGCCUGCACCUGGUCUUGUUGCAGACCUCUUCAGUGAGCUUAGCUUGGCAGAGAUUCACAAACUGCAACAGCAGCUUCUACAGGCAGAAAAUGAGAAGGCCUCACUUGCUUCGGACCUGCAGGAGCUCAAGACGCAGCUGACCAGCACCAAGGAGGCUCUGACCCAGCAGCAGCUGUGCAACAUCCGUCAGGUGGAGCAACUUCCAGCCUUGGAUGCUGGCCCUGGCUGUGGGGGGGCUGGUCCAUCACCCGGUGAGAGGAAGCGCUGCCAUGAAGAGUUAGAAAACGCCAGGCUGGUAGCCCGACAGGGGAGGGAGGCAGCCGCCCAACUAGAAACAGAGUUGCGGGUUGCCAGAAGGAUGGCACGUGAGUGUCAGUCACGGCUGGCUCAGGCCCAGGAGGAACUUCUCAUUUUUUCUGAGGAGAUGGCAGCUCUGUACCAUCAUGUCUGCGCCUACCACAGCAUCACCCCUCAGCGUGUUGUGUUGGACUAUUACCGGGAGGGGCAUGGAGCCCGAAGGGUGUGCAGGAGGCGGUCCUCCCGAAAGCUCCUGCUCACGGAAAUGGAGACGAGUAGUAGCGGGGAGCAGUCUCCAAGCAGCAGCCCCGGUUCCCCCUGUGGCUUGGAGCCCCUCAAUGUGACCAACCUGGCAGCUGUCUUGAGAGAGCAGCUAGGGCACCUCCAGGUGGCGCUGUCCCGGGUGCAUCAGCAGGGCCCAACGGGGCACAGUGCCGAACUGGAGCGUGACAAGGAAACCCUGGUGGAGGAGGUGUUGAAGCUGAAGUCCCUGUUGAGCACAAAGCGCGAGCAGAUUGCCACCCUGCGUACAGUGCUCAAGGCCAACAAACAGACAGCAGAGGCAGCCCUCUCCAACCUUAAAGGCCAGUAUGAAGGUGAGAAGGUGCUGGUGUCAGAGACCAUGGCCAAGCUGCGUCAUGAGCUGAAAGCCUUGAAGGAGGAUGCUGCUACUUUCUGUUCCUUGCGUGCCAUGUUUGCCAGCAGGUGUGACCAGUAUGUCAGCCAGCUGGAUGAGAUGCAGCGGCAGCUGGCUGCUGCUGAGGAUGAGAAGAAGACACUGAGUUCGCUGUUGCGCAUGGCCAUCCAGCAGAAGCUGGCCCUCACACAGCGGCUGGAGUCCCUGGAGAGCCCAGCUGAGGUGCCACGGAGCAGUAGCAGGAGGGCACUCAGACCAGCCAAGGGCAGUGCGAGAUGAGACAGCCAGUAUCUGGUACAGGAUUUCGAGGCAAUUCUAAUUUGGCUGUUCAGUGUCUCCUACUGUGGUCACAGGACUCCAAUCCUUUUGUGUGUGUGUAACAGGGAAAACCUGGCACCCGCAAGCUGCAGCCUAUCAGGGGGAACCCUGUACCAGGAGGAGGAGGAGGCCUCCAGCCAGUGCUUGCUUCCUGCCCUCGUGCCUUAAGACGUCUUUGAAGACACGCACCAUUUCUCUAGAUUUGCCUUGGUGCUGACUUUCCUCAGUGCCUCUAACACUGUGUCUUUUUGUUAGCCCUAAUGGUGGUGACGCUGAUGUUUGCCUUAACGACCAGGGCUGCCGGCUUUGGGUCUGGCUGAGAAAAGAUGGGUUCUCCCACUUCCCUAAAUGUCCUUGCCAUGUUGUAUUCACUGGGCCCAUCACUUUUCUGUCUGCUGCUCCUCAGCCCCCGCUUCCCUGCCCAUGGGGUUUUGCACAUCGUUAAUGACUAAUUGCUGAAUGCGCAGGCUGAGGGGAGAAGGAAAACUAGCACCAUACAGUCAUGAGAUGUCUUUUGGGACUGGUACAGCAGUAUCUUCUCUCUUCCUUCCUAUCCCAUCCCAUCCCUACCAGUGUAAGUGUAUGAAGCAAUUUUGUUUAUAAUCCGGGGCUAGGUGAGCCCUUGGUUGUUUGCCUCAAAUAAAUAAUUGGUUUUCCUGCA